AUGACAAGAUCACGAUCACGAUCACCAAAGCUCAUUAAUUUUACCUCCCCUUCUACCUCUUCAACUUCUCAACAAAAAUUUGAUAAUAGAGAUUGUAAUAACAAUUCUUCUGCCGAUAGCUCAGUAACUUCUAAUGAUUCAUCUCACCAUAAAAAACAUCACAGGAAACGUAAGAAAAGUAGUCAUAAUCGCCAUAAUCACCAUGAUGAUGAAAAAAAUAAUGACUAUCAAAAUAAAAUUAUACAAGAGGUUAAAGAAUGGCAACAAAAACUUAGUCAUAAUGAUGAUGACAAUGUAGAAUCUAUAGUGAAACCAUCAAGAAGACCAAUAAUGGCACCUCAAACAAAAGCAGAGUAUGAAGCAGAGCAAUCAAUAAUACGUGAAGUUGUAGAUCCUAUAGAUGGACGUGUGAGAUUGAUAAGAGGUUCAGGUGAAGUGGUAGAACGUAUAGUAUCUAGAAAAGAACAUAAAAGAAUCAAUAAACAGGCAACUAGGGGUGAUGCAAUUACCUAUCAAAAAAGAUGGACAGAAAAAGCAAAUAUCAAUUAA